CACUGUCACCAACAGAAGUUGGAGCUAGGGCCAAAAAAAUCUGCUAAAGAGAUCAUUAACGUUAAGACAUUGAUCGACCAAAAAUUUUGGCCUUACGUUCAGAAGAGCCUCGAUUUGAGAGCAUUGUUUAAGGAAGAUAAAUACAAUCUCAAAGAACUCACUAGCAAGCUCUUCCAAACCAUUAACAACAUGGACUAUGCGGCAAGGUCAAAGAGCAGCCCAUAUGCUAAGAAAUAUUACUCAAUGACAGAGUCACAAGACGGUCUC